AUGGCAUCGAUAGAAGAGACUUCUGCCGAUAAUUCUAAUAUACCACCACCAUCGUCAGGUAAUGAUGACGAUAAGAAAUCAUCGACAAAUAACGAUAAAGACUCGGGUUUUGAAUGCAAUAUAUGUCUUGAAACAGCUCGUGAUGCUGUUCUUUCACUUUGUGGUCAUUUAUUUUGUUGGCCAUGUAUUCAUCAAUGGCUUGAAACUCGUGCUCACAAUCCAACUUGUCCCGUAUGUAAGAGUGGAAUAUCACGUGAAAAAUUAGUGCCUAUCUAUGGAAGAAAUUCUCCACAAACUGAUCCAAGAAACACUACACCCCCUCGACCAGCCGGCACAAGGCAAGAACCUCGUCGAAAUCGAAGUUUUGGAUUUGGUGAUGGUGUGAAUUUUCAAAUGUCGUUUGGUGUUGGUGCUUUUCCAUUUGGUCUAUUUCAAACAACAUUUGCAACGAAUAAUCACGAUCAUCAAUAUACUCCACCACCACCUGGUACGCCUGAACGGUAUCACCAUGAUAUGUUAUCAAGAAUAUUUCUAGGAAUUGCAUUAGCUGUCAUUUUGUUCAUUAUUUUUAAUUGA